AUGAUGACAGCAAGAAAAAUAAACAUAUUCAUAAUCUGUAGCAUCGUGUGGAUCCCGCCCACCAUUACCACCACAACAACCACCACCACCACCACCACCACCACUUGCUCCUGUCUCUCUCAUCUCAUCUAUGACGUUAUCACUGCCAGUGCCUGGUCUCCCAUCACCUUCAUAUUUGAUCCCGAAGGAGGUGUGUUCUCAGACAGGUGUGCCAUGGCUUCAGGUUUGUAUAAGAGGCUGUGGGCGGCUCAUAGGACUGUCAACAUCCGCACCCACACCACCUCUCCACUCCUCCUCGACCCCCACGCAUCCUUCUCUCAUGGUUACGUCCUUGCCUAUACUAAUGCAACACAAGCUUUUCUUGACCAGGCCAGCAAAGGAGGCAUGAUGGAAAGCACCCACUGGCUACUGCUGCUCACUCCUUCCUCCAUGCCUGCUUUCCUCGUCCAUGCCCUGACACUCAACAUCUUCAUCAACUCAGAUCUCCUCUAUGCCUCUUACAACACAUGUCCUUCUCUAAUCAAGGUGAAAGGUAUAUACAGGGUUGGGCCAAGGAGUGGAGUGGUGGAGGACAGCUGCAGGAAACUGGACACCAACAAAAGGAUUCUCGCUGGUUAACUCUACAAACAGACUUGAGCGCCGCAGUGACUUCCAGGGCUUACCAUAUGAAGGGUGUGGGUGUCAAGGUGUUUGAGUUCAUGUCAACCUACUUGGGUGGAGGAAAUAUCACUGGUUUUGUGGGGGAUAUUGUCACUGCACUAAGGGAUGCACACAAUUUCUCGUAAGUUUUCACAUUUUGUGUUCAAUUGUAUCGGUCUAAGUGGAGGAGUGAAAAAGUGACACCUAUUGAAUAGUUGCCACAAAACUUAUUCUCAUUACUUUUUGUUCCUUGUCAUUUUUCUUCCAGGCUUAUUUCAUCAUCACAGCAGCUUGAAAUUUUGAAAAUACAUGCUAUUUGAGGAGGUAGCUGUACAUGUGAAAAAAAAGAAGGGAAACAAACAUCCAUACUUGUGACUGAUAUGAAAAAUAAACUAUACAUAUAUAUGUAUAUUUCACUUUUCUUUCUAGCAAAUUAAAAAAUGUACAUAUGACAGUAUUUUUUUCUUUUCCUCAAUAAAUACGCCAACAGUAUUUUUCCUUCCCUUCAGUACACCCAGCCUUUCCCUUAGUACAUAUCACAGUACUUUUCCUUUUUGCUCAGUGCAUAUGAGAAUAAUUUUCCUUUUCCUCAAUGCAUAUGACACUACUUCCCCUUUUCCUUUU